CCCAACAACCCAGCAACUCUGCAACUGCUAGUGACCGGAACAAGGAAGGAACCCUCGCAAAACCCCCGGCGAAUCGGCGAUGGCCACCUCCGCGGCCCUCCGCCGCGCGCCCUGGGCGGCGGCGGCGCGCGGUCUCCUUGGCGCCAUGAGUGGCUCGCGGGUGCCUCCUCCCCGUCGCCUCCCGUACCGCGCUGAGCGCUCCGCAGCUCUCUCCUCCCUCUCCGACCCGCAGCCGGGCGCCGCUGCCGACGCCCACCUCCUCCGGGUCAUAAACUAUGAGAUCUCCUGCGCCCAGCAAGACUGCAAGAAGCGCGACUGGGCGAAGGAAUUAGGGGAGUGGUUCCCUUUUGAGAUCCAGGAUAAGGAGGGUACCACUAGGAUAAUUCUCACCAGGAGAGAUCAGAAGGAGCAAAUUGAAGUGGAGGUGUUCUUGCCGAGCCCUGCCGAGCCAGUGGAGCACAAUGGUGAGCAGAAGGAUGGCACCAAAGAUGACAACAGCCAGGCUCAUGCUAUCAAUGGUGCUGCAAAUCGGUACUAUAUCCCGCUGCUGGUGAAAAUUCACAAAGGGAUGGCUUCGUGGCUGGAGAUCAGCUGUAGAUCUUACCCUGAUGAACUUGCCAUUGAGAGCUUGGCGUUUGGACCGACGGAUGAGUCUGUUGAUUCAUCAAAUGUUGAAGCUAAGAUAAGUAAUCUUCCUGAGGAACUUCAGCAUGCAUUUUAUGCCUACUUGAAAAGUAGAGCCAUUUCGUCAGAUGUUACCAACUUCUUGCAUGCGUACAUGAUAAACAAAGAGUGCCAUGAGUAUCUCGCUUGGCUGAGAAAACUUAAAGGUUUGAUAAAAAGUAAAUGAAGUACAACAGAAGUUCCUUAUUUUUACACAGUUUUGGACUAGUUUUCUUCCAUGAAUUCUUGAGGCCCCUUUUCAGUGGCAUUGUGUGUCUUUUUUAUUUUAUUUUAUUUUGAGCGAAAUUUUCAGUGGCAUUGUGUUGUCAAGAUAGGUGGGGAGGAACACUGCUAUAAACGCACCAUUUAUGGUCAUGUAUGUGAAUGUUGGUGUCCUUUGCUUCUUCACUUAUGGUUAGUAACGAGAUUGUCUU